CGGAGGCUGCUGCGAACCAGCCCCAUAACCGACAAGAUUCCGACUUCCAACCCGUCCCGUCUCCCCUCGAACAUUCCCCUCCGAACCCUUCCUGUGCACAAUAACACCUCCCGAUCAUCCCGACAGGGCCAUUUCAUUGAUGAGCCCGCGAGUUCAGAGUCGGAGGACGACUCAGGGAACUCUUCGUGGACCGACACGGGCGACAUCGCCGAGCAGCUCGCCGAAGAAGAUCCCUUGCGCAAGCGAUUAAACGACGACGAAGCCCUUGCAGGUGUCAUCAAACGCCAUCCCAGACACAAAAAGAAAGUCCGAUACCGAGAGCCGUCUUCUAGCAGAAGCCGGUCAUCCUCUCGCUACACUGGCGCUGUUAGCAAAGAGGCAAUCCACAUCCCAACUGCUGCGCACCGUCACGUUAGCAAGGCAGAACAGCUACUAGCCACCAUCAUGACGGGCAGCUCGAGUUCCAUCCACGGCCUGACGGGCAAGCCGUUGAUUUAUUUUACUUCUAUUUUCGUUUCUUUGGGCGUGUUUCUCUUCGGAUAUGAUCAGGGUGUGAUGUCGGGGAUCAUCACCGGUCCCUUUUUCAAGGAGUAUUUCCACCAACCUUCCAAUGCAGAAAUAGCAACAAUGGUUGCUAUCUUGGAAAUUGGUGCAUUAAUAUCGUCCCUCUGUGUUGGGCAUAUUGGAGAUAUUAUCGGGAGAAGAAAAACGAUUCUGUACGGAUCAAUGAUCUUCUUCGUUGGAGGUGGGCUGCAAACAGCCGCGACGAACAUGGUCAUGAUGAUGGUUGGUAGGUUUGUGGCUGGUUUGGGAGUUGGCAUGCUCUCAACUAUCGUCCCGGUAUAUCAGUCUGAAAUCUCACCUCCACACAACCGUGGAAAGCUCGCCUGCAUUGAGUUUACCGGCAAUAUUGUUGGUUACACGACCUCGGUGUGGGUGGAUUAUUUCUGUGGCUUCAUUGAGAGCAACACCUCAUGGAGGCUGCCCCUGAUGAUGCAAUGCAUUAUGGGAGGUCUUCUUGGUUUGGGUAGUCUGAUUAUCGUCGAAUCGCCCAGGUUUGUCGCUACCACUUACACCACGCAUGUGAACCGCGCGCUAACCCAUUUUAGAUGGCUCCUGGACCACGACCAUGACGAGGAAGGUAUCGUGGUCAUUGCCAACCUGUACGGUGGCGGUGACAUUCACGAUCCCCGCGCUCGCGAGGAAUUCCGCGACAUUAAGAUGGACGUUCUCCUCCAACGGCAGGAAGGCGAGCGCACAUAUUCCGAGAUGUUCAAGCGGUAUGGCAGGCGAGUCUUUAUCGCCAUGUCAGCACAGGCCCUGGCCCAGCUCAACGGUAUCAACGUUAUCUCAUACUACGCGCCGAUGGUGUUCGAGUCAGCUGGUUGGGUUGGUCACGACGCUAUUCUAAUGGCCGGGUUCAAUGGUAUCACAUACCUACUGUCGACAAUCCCGCCAUGGUACAUGGUGGACCGGUGGGGCCGGAGGCCUAUCCUGCUGUCCGGUGCUGUUAUGAUGGUCCUCUCGCUGUCAGCCAUUUCGUACUUUUUGUACAUCGACGUGCCAUCGACGCCAACAAUGGUUGUCAUCAUGGUCAUGAUCUACAACGCUGCGUUCGGAUACUCAUGGGGACCUAUCCCCUGGCUCUACCCCCCGGAGAUUCUCCCUCUCAAGAUUCGCUCCAAGGGUGCCAGUCUGUCAACAGCCACGAACUGGGCUUGCAACUGGUUGGUGGGUCAGAUGACACCCAUUCUCCAAGACUGGAUUCACUGGAGGUUGUACCUUGUCCACGCAUUCUGGUGUGCCGUCAGCUUCGUUGUUGAAACCCGCGGUGUCCGCCUCGAGGACAUGGACGCCCUCUUUGGCGACGCCACUCGCGCGCUGGGCACACCUGCUGGUUCGACGCCAGCCUUGCACGCCGAGUCCGAUCCGCUCGUGCGCUCCGGGUCGCCCAUUCCGCCCCUUGACAUCAGAGGCCGCGCCUCGCCGGCGAGAUUUGGACCGGGAAGUGCGAUUCCAGGACUGAACAUCGAUCCACCAACGUCGGUCGGUGAUCCCAAGGCCCAGUCCUCCAGGCAACAAAGUAGAGGAGGUUUGGGCGGUUGGUUGUCAAGGCUUAUGGGCCGUGGUGGCUCGAGUCCUAGCGGACAGUACGCUCCUAUCGACCAACGGGGUGAUUAG